AUGUCAGAAUUAGAUGUUGGUAUAAUCAAGCAAGAAAUUCUUUCAUUACUUGUUUCCGCUAAAAAUGGACUUAGUGAAUAUGAAUUACUUAAUGAUUAUCGAUUAUAUAAUUCAAAUAAAGAACUUCCAUAUAGAGAUUUAGGUUAUUCAUCAUUGAUAGCACUACUUCGUUCAUGGCCAGAUGUUUGUCGUUUUCAACAACAAGGAAAUAAUAUUAUAAAGAUUCUAGCUGUCGAAGAAGAAAAUACAAAACAUAUUUUAUCUAUGGUCAAAGGACAACGUUCAAACAAAACUCGACGACGUGGUCGAGGUGGUCGUAAUCGAGCACGAGGCGGAGAUGCAAAUCGAAACAAUGGUCGUGAUAAUCGUGGUGCUCGAUUCUCACAAAAUACUAUUAAUUUCAAUAAUAAUCGAUCAGGAGGCAAUAUUCGUGGUAUAUCCAAUGUUCGUAUGACUUUUAAUAAUACUCGUUUCGAACGAUCAACUGCACCAGCUCGUUCAACAAUCGGACAAUCGAAUCAAAAUUCUCGAAACAAACCAAAUGUUUCGGCACCACCUCGAUUUGCUAAGCAACAACAGCAAAUUCGAGCAUAUGUUACUGGUUCUAGUCAACCUCGUAUGUCUUCUUAUGAAUUACGACAAUCUACAAAUUCGAAUUUGCUUGAUGAUCGUCGUGUAAUAAAUAAUUCAGAAUCAUUGCAAAUUACUGUUGUUAACAAUACAAAUAAUAAUCGUACGAAUACUACAAAUGAUAUGUAUAGUGAUUAUGAAAUUUCAUCAGAGACUCAAUUUCAAUUUUCUGAUUAUGUAUUAAAUGAAGAUGAAGAACAAUAUGAUGAAGAAGAUGAUGAUAAAGAAGAAGAAGUUAUUAAUAAUCUUCGAACUCUUUUAACUGAAUAUUCACAUGGUAUUCGACUUUUGGCUUUAGAUGAACUCUAUCAAAAAAAAUUUGGCAAAAGUCUUUUAACUGAAUUAAAAAUUGCUAAUAUUCUAUUACUUCAAGAUUUUGUUGAUGAUUUUGCAUCAAUUUCACGUCAUGGUGAAGAAAAUGGUUCAUGUGAUCAUAUUAUAACACUUAAAGAUCCUAAACAAGUUGCACAAACACAAUCUCAAUUAUUAAAACAAAUAACAGAUUCUGGCAUUGUAUCAAAAACAUUUCGUUAUGCAACAAAUCUUUUUUCAUAUAUAAAUGAUCGACGUUUUCAAGGUUUUAUAUCUGAUAUUGAUAGAAAUGAACAUUGUCUUCAUGUACAACCAGUUCGUUAUCAAGAACAUAUUGAAACAUUAAUGGAAGAACUUCAUUCAUAUUAUUCAAGUUCGAUAUCAAAUUCAUUAAUUAUUAAUAAUAUUGAAACAGGUCUAUCAUGUGUAACAACAUAUGAUGGAAUAUAUCAUCGUGCAUUUAUUAAAGAAAGUGAUUUAUAUAAAUGUGUUAUUGUUUUUGUUGAUUAUGGUACAAUAAAAGAAGUUAAUAAAGAUGAACAACAAUUUAAGUAUUUACUUAAACAUUUUGCUGAAUUACCAUGUAUGGCUAUAGCAUGUCGAUUAGAUGAUAUAAGUUUUAUACCAGAUGAUAAUAAUUUAUUACCAGAUACAUAUAAUGAACUAUAUACAUUAUGUAAAGAUGGACCAUUUUUUAUUGAACCAACUGGAUAUAUGAAUGGACUUUUAACAAUUAGAAUUCUUGAUGCAGAUGAACAAUGUUUAAAUGAUAUUGUUGUUCAAUCAAAACUUGCAGUUAAACUAUCUUCACUUCAAAAUCAUCAAUUAACAGAUGAUUAUGAACAAGAACAGCAAAAUGUACCAAAACCUGUUGAAUUAAAUUUGGAUUUUUUGAAUAAUGCUGCUCAAUGUCCAUUGCCAGAUUCAGAACCAUCUACACCAGAAAGCAAUACAGUUAAUUUCAAUUUUCAAUUACCAGAAACGAAUUCUGUUCCAAUAACAAAUAAGUCUUUAAACGUUAAACAUCUAUCACAUUUAUUACAUUUAUCUGAAUCAGAUGUAUUAUCUGAAACUUUAUUAUCACGGGUUCGUUUACAACGAACAACUGAAUACUCUCCAAUAUUUGACUUUCUUAAACAAACCAAUUCACAAGAUUGUCUUCACAUUCAGCAAAAUUUUCUCUUUCUUUUUGAUCUAAAAUCAACAUUGACAUAUAUCGAACGAUUUGGUCAAAUAAAUAAUAAUGUUCUCAUUGAAGCAUUACGUCAACAGAUUGAUGCAUCGAAUGAACCAGAAUUUUGGAAUAAUGUCUAUGAUUGUUAUAAACCUUCAACUAUUCUACCAACAUCAUUAUCUGUUCAAUCUUCUAAUCAAACUGAUGUUGAACGCUAUAAUGAAUUGUUAAUUCGCCGAAAUAUCUUGUGCAAUAUGUUACGUACUGAUCAUGUAACUGAAUGUACCGUUGAAUUAACAUCGAUUGAAAAUGAACUUGAACAAUUAGUACACAAUAUGCGUCUUGGUACAGUAUCUCAACAAAAUAGUAACAUUUCAUUAACACCACCCAGCCUUACAGCAUCAAAUCAUAUUGAUCAACAAAAUUUAUCUACGAACAAAACUUAUAAAUUAAAAGAUUUAAUGGAACGAUGUAAAAAAUUAAUUAAUACUAUUCUUAUUCUCUAUGAUUUUGUUACUGUUGAUGAUAAUAUAACAAAAUAUAUUGAGAAUAAUUUACCAUUUUUAAAUUCUGGAAAACAUUCAUCAAAUGAUGAACAAUUAUAUAAACAAUAUUCUAAUUUACUUGAAAAUUUAACACGUAUUGUUAAUGAUCUUCAACGAAAAUUACCAGCCAGUGUUCAAUUUUAA